AUGAUGGGAUUCCUUAAAAAGAAUGAAACUUUACCACCAGACGAAAAAUUAUUCUUCAACAUUUAUACUACUCGGGCAGCUGAUUUGAUUGAUAAACAUCAAUUGGAACUUGAAGGUGAAAAUAAACGAAAGAGGAAUAUAAAUCCAAUAUUGGUUGGCCAUUUCAAUGGAGUUACUAAGAAAACAAAGAGAAAAACUUCUACGAACAAUCCAACUUGGGACCAAAUCUUGACUUUUCCCUUGAAAGAUUAUGAUAAAGGUCAAUUGCUCACAUUGAGUGUGUGGGAUAAACAUAGAUCUCAUAAGAACUAUCUUGGAGAAUUGAGAUUGAAUAUUUACGAUAUCUUCAAUGGGGAAACUUUCAGUUCCAAGACUCCCUCCAAAUGGUACAAAUUAUAUUCAGAUCAAAACCAUAAAGCUUUUGUUAAUGGAUCAUUAUUAUUGAAUUUCGAAUUGGUAUUGAAGGGAUCAAAGAAUCAUAAAGAAGAAGGCAAAAGAGAAGAAGUUAAAAAAGAAGAUGAAGAAAAUGCAACCAACAUUGCUGUUAAAGUCGAACCACCAUCGAGACAAAAUACUCAAUUCUUACAAUCUCCCCAUAAUAUUUCAGAUUCGGAUUUGUCUCCCAUUGCUACCAGUGAUGAUCAUAUCCAUAAGAUCUUCGAUUCUUGGUUCAAUUCAUUGAUAUAUACUGGUAAUGAAUCCAAGACUUUGAACGUCAAUGAUCAAGGAUUAUAUGACUAUUCUGGAGAUAUGAGUGAUGUACUGAUUUCAGAUGUUGAGAUAGAUAGAGUUUCACAUACUUCAAGAGAAGAAUUAGAACCUCACCAAUUAUUACAGAAGAAGUUACUGCAAAAUUUCAUUCCUACUACUGAUGAUAAUUUAUCAGUCUCGAAUUUAUCCAUAUCAGAUUUGAGUUCUAUUUCAGCCACUUCAGUAUCAAGCGAUGCCUUUGAAACUGAUUCUUCUGUUGUCCAGAGUGAUAGUAGUAGUAAACCAACCAAGCCAAAAUCUAAAAGGUUUAGUUUCAAGAGCGGCCGAGAGAAGUUAAAGAAGAGGGCUUCUCUUAAUAACUUUGAAAUCAGAAAUCGAAAAGUUGACGGUGUUUUAUUCUUAGAAAUCGUUUCUUGUACGGACUUGCCACCAGUUAGAAGACUUAAAAAUAUGGGAAGGUUUGAUAUGGACCCUUUUAUUGUGGUCACUUUUGGUAAAAAGACUUUUAGAACUAGUUGGAAACGUCAUAAUCUAAAUCCUAUCUUUAAUGAAAGAUUGGCUUUUGAAGUUCUUAAUCAUGAAAAGAAUUUUGACGUUCAUUUCUUGGUGUUGGACAAAGAUAGGUUCUCAUUACACGAUGAGGUCGGGGCCGUUAAUAUACCACUUAACGAUUUGAUUAAGAGUGCUACUGCAGCUCCUAGAGAUUUUUACCUUAAACCAGAAGAUGGGAUGUCGGGAGAAUUCACUGAAGGUGAAAGUGAUGGUCAUAAUAAUUCAGACAUAACUUAUGUUGAUGAUCAAAAUAUAGUUCAUUCAUUUGAAAAGAAAUUACUCAGAAAGAAAUUAAAGCUUAAAUAUACUGAUACUUCCAAAUUCAAGACCAUGGAUUUGAAUUUGAAAUUGAGUGAUUCAAAAUAUGAUAACAAACCAAAAUUGAAGAUUAGAGUCAGAUAUGAAACUUAUGAUAAUUUAAGAAGGGAUUUCUGGAGAAGAUUACUUGAACAAUAUAACUUAGAUGACGAAAAUGUCGAUAAAUCCUAUGAUUAUAUUGAAUUAAUUGCAUUGUUGGACACUUUAGGAUCAAAUAAUAGUGAUGUUUUGGUGAAUAAAUUCUUUGCUCAUUAUGAUAAACAACCUUGGAGUGGAGAUAGUUUAACUAUAACACAAAUCAUUGAUUGUUUAGAAGAACAUGUCUUAUCCAAUCAAGGUGAUGUUAACAAAUUAUUCGAGAUUGAAAAAUGUCCUAAUUGCCUCGAGAAGAGGUUGAACAACAAGCAUGAUAUCGAUGUGGUAACUCAUUUUGCUAUAUGUGGAUCCCGUCAAUGGAGUAUAGUUGACAAAUUGUUGGUUUCUUCAUACGUAACACCACAGUUAGCUACUAAAAGAUGGUUUACCAAAGUGUUGAUUAAAAUCAGUUAUGGGAAAUAUCAAUUAGGUAGUAAUUCUGCCAACAUCUUGGUCCAAGAUAGAACCACAGGGAUUAUUUUGGAAGAGAAAAUGGGUAUUUAUGUCAGAUUGGGUAUAAGGUUAUUAUACAAAGGACUUGAUUCUGCCAGGAAGAAAAGAAUCAGAGCUAUUUUGAAGAAAUUAAGUAUCAAACAAGGAAUCAAAUUUGAUCAACCCAAUCUGAAGCAAGAUAUACCAUCUUUUAUUAAGUUCCAUAAAUUAGAUUUGUCCGACUGUUUGGAACAAGACCCUUCAAAAUAUCCUACUUUCAAUGAAUUUUUCUAUAGAAGAUUGAAACCGGGUGCCAGACCAGUCGAAGGAGAUACUUCCAAGAUAGUAGUUUCACCAGCAGAUUGUAGAUGUACGGCUUUUGAUACUGUUACUUCCGCGAGUGAAUUAUGGAUCAAAGGUAAAAACUUCACCGUUGCAAAGUUAUUCAAUGGAAAUUUUGAUAAUUUGGAAAACUCCAAUCUCUAUGAUGCAGAUAAAUGUACCCUAGGUAUCUUUAGAUUGGCUCCUCAAGAUUAUCAUAGAUUCCAUUGUCCAGUUGACGGUAAAAUAAAGAGCAUCAAAUAUAUUGAUGGUGAAUAUUAUACCGUGAAUCCAAUGGCCAUCAGAUCAGAGCUUGAUGUUUUCGGUGAGAACAUCAGAAGUAUCAUUUCAAUUGAAACUGAACACUUUGGAACGGUCGUGAUGGUUCCUGUUGGAGCUAUGAUGGUAGGGUCGACAAUUUUAACGAAGAAUGUGGGUGAUGAGGUUAAACGAGGAGAGGAAAUGGGAUAUUUUAAAUUUGGUGGAUCCACCGUGGUUUUAUUAUUCGACAAGACCAAAUUUCAAUUUGAUUCUGAUUUGAUUAAUAACUCCAAAUCAUGCAUUGAGACUCUUAUAAGAGUAGGUCAAAGUAUUGGACACUCACACGACACCAAAGAAUUUGUCAGGAAUAGAAUUGAUUUCUCUAAAUUGACAAAGGUAUCGAAACAGAACUUGAUCAGAGUCAUAACAGGUGGAGAUUUGGCCAAUGGUGAAGAUUUCACAUCUUGGGAUUCUGAAAAGUUGAAAUUAUCUCAGAAUGAAAUUGAUGAAGUAGUAGGUGAAUUCGAUGACGAUGAUAUUUAUGAUAAAUUACUGGAUGACGAAGACUUUGAAGAAGAUGAGUUGGAUGACGAAGAGUAG